AUGGAAGAACUUCAAAAUGUUAUGUGUUCCAUGUGUUUAAAUGCAAAUGUGGAACCCCUGGUUACUUUUUGUCCUGCAUGUAUUGACAAGGCUCUUAAAUUUAGGGAGCAAAUUGUGUUUGAUAAGAAAUUGUCAGUAGCGGAUGGUUCUCAGGGUUCUACUGAUGAGAUGCAGAGUCAAGCGUCACAGCCCUUAACGCCGGCUCAAGUGGAGCCAAGUACCUCUGCAGCUUCUGCUGCAAUUACUUUAAAGGAUAUUGCGUCUGUUAUGUCAUCCGCACUUUCUGAGGCAUUGUCUGCUUUUCCUAUUUUUCACGGUAAACGCAAAAGAAAGGAAGCCCAUGGGGUUAAUACAGCUUCUGAUGCCCAGUUGGCGAUCUCUGAUAUACCCUCUCUGAGCUCUGAAGUGGGGGAAUACCCACCUUCUGUUUUGGAUGCUGGAAAAGGGAUGUCUAUGGAUACGAGGAAAAGCUGGAUUGAAGAAAAGGCUUUGAUCCUGAAGCAGACUUUCUGUGAGUUGCCAAGCUACGAUGCUAUAAUUCCCAUCUUGCUGGAGCAUGGACUUGACAGCCUUCCAAAGCACUGUAGACUUACUCCAGGCAUUCCUUUGAAGCCAAUGUUGGCACAUCCAACUAAAGGCAUUGGGGAAGUGUUGAAGCGUUUUGAUGAAGCUGCUUUUACAUGUGAAUAUAAGUAUGAUGGAGAACGUGCACAGAUAAAGAAAGAAAGUGUGAAAUCCUGUAUUCUUGAUACAGAGGCUGUAGCUUGGGACCCAGAGAAGAAGCAGAUCCAGCCUUUUCAAGUACUCACAACAAGAAAGAGAAAGGAUGUGGAUGCCUCAGAGAUUAAAGUGCAAGUGUGUGUUUAUGCGUUUGACAUGCUUUAUCUCAAUGGGGAGUCGCUGGUUAAGGAGACCUUUGCUAAACGACGGCAGCUUUUGCUGGAAUCAUUUGUGGCGACAGAGGGAGAGUUCAUGUUUGCUACCUCCAUGGAUACUUCAAACACUGAUGAGAUAUCAGAAUUUCUUGAACAGUCCAUUAGAGAUUCAUGUGAAGGACUAAUGGUGAAGACAUUGGAGCAAGAUGCCACUUAUGAAAUAGCAAAGCGAUCUCACAACUGGUUAAAAUUGAAGAAGGAUUAUCUAGAAGGUGUUGGAGACACUUUAGAUCUGGUUGUAAUAGGUGGAUACCUUGGGAAAGGAAAACGAACUGGAAUAUAUGGAGGCUUCCUACUUGCAUCAUAUGACGAGGAGAGUGAAGAGUAUCAAACCAUCUGUAAGAUUGGAACAGGGUUUACAGACGAGGACUUGGAGAAACAUUUUAACUUUCUGAAGGACAAUGUUAUUGAUAGUCCACGUAGCUAUUAUCGCUGGGACAGUUCCACUCAGCCUGAUCACUGGUUUGAUCCUAUGCAAGUUUGGGAGGUGAAGUGUGCAGACCUUUCUAUUUCCCCUGUACACAAGGCUGCUCUUGGACUGGUCGAGGCCGAAAAGGGAAUCUCGCUGCGCUUUCCUCGUUUCCUUCGUGUUAGAGAUGACAAGAAACCUGAAGAGGCAACAAGCAGUUUUCAGGUUGCUGAUCUCUACAAAAAGCAGCAACAAAUUCAGAACACAAAUGCAACAGAAAAAACGGAGGAGGAUUUUUACUAGCUUAUGAAAAACCUUCAGAUACCACUACACAUUUUGGGUAUUAGAAGAUACUUCCAGAAUUCAAUCAUGAAUAUGAAUGUUUUUUUUUUAUGACAACAGUAGGACGGUCAUCUGGAUGGUUAACCAUCACGCAGCAGUAAUGAAUGUUUAAAGCAUUCCAUUGGGACAUGAGAUUUUUAACCUCUUAAGGACAUAUGACGGAAGUUUUCCGUCAUAAAACAAUUGAGCAAACUGAAAGCUGUGUCCUUAAAGGGUUAAUGUCUGUUUUGUUUGUGUACAUAUAGUGAUCCAGUGGAAACAUUAUCUUAUCUAUCUCUAUACAUCAUUCUGCCUAUUUUCAUUCUAUAUGGGUACAUUUAAAGAUAUGUUGUCAGGUAAUAUGUUCUGCUAUCUAAAAUAUGAAAUUUUGUCUAAAAUAAAUAUUUGGAACAUUUUUGUUUA